AUGGGAACCCGGAGCCAUGUGUGCUUUGUGGUCCGAGAGGUCUCCAAGCGCACGAGUUCGAAUCUUGUCUAUGGAGCGCCCACACACGCCCUGGAUAAUGGUGAAAAAGGAAAGAAGGAAAGACUUAGAAACAAGAUAUAUAAGAUUAAGAAUGAACUCCCACAAGACGAAUUGGUCACUGUGAAAUCUGAUCUCGUUCUGAUCUCGUCCGAGUGGGAAGAGCAAGAUAAUGAGGUGAAGAUUACAGCACAAGACAGCCUCACUGGGAAACGUGGUGGUGGUGGUGGUGGUGGUGGUGGUGAUGGUGGUGGUAAAGACACUGGUGGUGGUGGUGAUGGUGGUGGUGGUGGUGGCGGUGGUGGUUGUGAGGUAGCGAAGCGGGUCAGCAAGGGAGGUCUUCGCCUGCUGCUGCUGCUUCUGCUGUUGUACGUGUUCGUCUGCUCUCUAAACCUGCUGUCCACGGCCUUCAGACUGCUGGGAGGCCGCACUGCUAGCGCCAUGUUCCGGAAUGGGCCCCUGCUGAAGAGUCCUGUGGUUGGUGUGAUGGUAGGUGUGGUGGUGACGGUCCUGGUGCAGUCUUCCUCCACCUCCUCCUCCAUUAUUGUCUCCAUGGUGGCUGCAGAGUUUCUUGAUGUGAAGACAGCGGUGCCAAUCAUCAUGGGCGCUAAUAUUGGCACCUCCCUCACCAAUACUCUUGUCAGCCUUGGUCAGGCAGGCGACAGAGCGCAGUUCGAACGUAGCUUUGCGGGGGCAGUGGUGCAUGACAUGUUCAACUGGCUGUGUGUGGGGGUGUUGCUCCCCAUAGAGGCCGCCACGGGGUACCUACGUCACCUGAGCGCCUUCCUUCUCAACGGGGUCACUAAUCUAGGACACGGGGGCCUCAAAGUCUCUCUCCUUUCAGCUCUCACCAGGCCACUAACUGAGAGGGUUGUUAGGCUUGACAAGAAGGUCCUAAUGGCGUGGAGUUUGGGAGAAAAGUACGAAAAUGCAACACUACUAUUACGAUCCUGUCCUUCCUCCUCCUCCUCCUCCUCCUCCUCCUCCUCCUCCUCCUCCUUAUUUGAACUUGCUGGUAACUCCUCUUUAGAUCUUUUUGUGUAUAAUGCAUCUCUUGAUUCCUCCUCCUCCUCCUCCUCCUCCUCUUCCUUCUCUUCCUCCUCCAAUUCUUCUUUAGUCCUCUUCAAUGACUCAGCCAGUUUGGAAGCCUCGCCAGCUGAUUCAUGUGGUACUUUAGCAGAGAACCUUGGACUUGGUGACCUAGGGGUAGGGUUGGUACUCCUGACUGCUUCCCUGCUGGUGCUCGCUAUCUGCCUGCUUGCCAUCGUUAGGACCCUCUCUGCCCUGCUAAGUGGAUCUGUGAGGCAUUUAGUGGAAGGCGUUGUGAAUGCAGACUUGCCUUAUGUCCCGUGGCUGACUGGCUACGUGGCUAUAUUGGCAGGGGCGCUGUUCACCUUCCUCCUGCAGUCCUCCUCCAUCUUCACCUCCACACUGACGCCUCUGGUUGGCCUGGGCGUGAUAACCGUUGAGAGAAUGUACCCAUUGACUCUUGGUUCAAAUCUGGGCACCACCACCACCGCCUUCUUUGCCGCACUCUCCGCUGACGGCAACACUCUCCUUCCUGCUUUACAAAUAUCUCUAGUUCACAUGCUAUUUAACCUCUCAGGAAUUAUUUUAUGGUAUCCUGUCCCGUGUUUGAGGUUUCCGAUACCCUUAGCGAUGGCGUUAGGGAGAGUGACAGCUAAAUACCGCUGGUUUGCUGUGGUAUAUAUCCUUUUAACCUUCUGUGUCUUGCCGUUCAGCGUGUUCCUAAUUUCUCUGGGGGGGCCUAGUGUGGCUUGUCCUAUUUUUACAUGUCUUUUUGUCCUCCUGGCUUUUAUUUUAGGUGUCAAUUUGAGCCAAAAUAAAUGUCCAAGUUUCCUCCCCGAGUUUCUAAGGACAUGGGAGUGGUUGCCUCUUCCUCUCCACUCCCUGAAGCCAUACGAUAUUGUGAUGUCCAAAUUAAUGUGCUGUUGUGCUCCCUCUAAACAGCUGGAGUAUGGUAGAGUCGCCACCAACACCACCGCCACCACCACAGCAGAUCCAGCUCCUCAUAGCGUUGUGGUGGUGCAGGAGCCGUGGUGGUGGUGGUGGUGGUGGUGGUGGUGGUGGUACUGUGUGUGUGCUGGUGGUGGUGGUGGUGAUGGUUAAGGUUGUUUAUUGUUGUUGUUGUUGUUGUUAUGG